CAAUCGAAUGCUAUAUACCUUCUUUCCAAACUUUGAUAAAUCUCUGAAACAAACAAGAUGUUGUCAAUGUCUAUUCAUCAAGGAAUCAAUAUCAUCGGCAUCACAUCACCAACUUCAUCUCCCCAAAAUACCAUUGCUCUUGGAUUCUUGAAAACCCCAGCCCCACCCUCCUCGUCUUUCUGCAACAACAACUCCAAACUCCUUCAUAGAUUCCAUAACCUCUCCAUUUCAGCAGCUGUCCAAGAAGCCAUUGUUGAAGAAGCUCCAUUACCCACUCCUCCUGAUCAAAAAGACGAGGUGAAGAAAGUGGUGGAAAAGCCAAGGUUAGUGUUGAAGUUCAUAUGGAUGGAGAAGAACAUAGGGCUUGGGCUUGAUCAAGUGAUACCAGGACAUGGGAGUGUCCCUUUGAGUCCUUACUUCUUUUGGCCAAGGAAAGAUGCUUGGGAAGAACUCAAGACAACUUUGGAAAGCAAGCCAUGGAUCUCUCAAAAGAAGAUGAUCAUCCUCCUCAAUCAAGCUACUGAUAUCAUCAAUCUUUGGCAACAAAGUGGUGGAAAUUUGACUUCCUAAACAUUUUCUAAUUCACAACCCAUUAUUAAGUUGUAAUUGUUUGUUUCUUUUGUUAAGAGAAUUUUUCAUUGCAAAAGUGAGUUAAAACCUCAAGUUCCUAUUUACCA